GAAUGUUUACCAAAGCCAGCACAGAGAGGUGGAGAGGAAAGUGACAGUCACGCUGGAGGUUCGCUGUGUGGUGAAACACAGGUGUUUCUGUUUCCACGGUUGAAUUUGAGAGCGGAAUGUUCACUCGAAGGGGGCAUGGAGACGUCAAGAAAUCUACACAGAAAGUUCUGGACCAAAAGAAGGAUGUUCUGACUCGGCUCAAACACCUACGAGCACUGAUAGAUAUCAAUGACAAGACUGAACUAAAGGCAUUCUUUGAGGGCAACUGCUCCCAGAUUUAUUUUAUCUUCUAUGAAAAUUUCAUUACACUGGAAAGCAACCUAAAACAAAAAGGGAACAAAUCUCAGAGGGAGGAGCUGGACUCUAUCCUCUUUAUUUUUGAAAAAAUCCUUCAACUUCUGCCAGAGAAGAUCUACAACAGAUGGCAGUUUCACAGUAUAGGUUCUAUACUGAAAAAACUACUACACACUGGAAAUUCAUUCAAGAUACGCUGUGAGGGGAUCCGUCUUUUCCUGCUGUGGCUUCAAGCUCUACGGGACAACUGUGCUGAGGAGCAGUUCCUCAUAUUUGCUUGCUUAGUGCCAGGCUUCCCUGCUGUUCCAUCCUCUCGAGGACCCUGCACUCUAGACACUAUCAUCUACAACCCCUACUCCACCGCCUCAGAUGCUAAAGUGGUGCCUGAAGAGAUCACGCCGCUGGUUCCAGCUGUUGCGGGAGAAAAAGCUUCAGAUGAUCCAACAUGUUACAUACUUGAAACACUGCUGAAAUACAUGGUCAUCCAGGCGUCCAGUUUAGAAUGGAGGAGCAAAGAGAAUCAGGACUCAGGUUUUAGGUUUCUCUUCAGCCUCUUCAAAAAGUACUACCUCCCACAUCUUUUCCCCUCCUUCAGCAAACUCACAAACCUUUAUAAGCCUUUGUUAGACCUUCCUCACUACAGACCAAAACCCUUGUAUGUGCCGGUGACGCGGAACAACGAGAGCACCUUCUGCACGAGGGACCAGUAUCUGGCCCCACGUGUGGCCUUCAUAAACUGGCUGGUCACCUUCUUCCUGGAGAAGAAGUAUGUCAGCUGUGCUGCUGCGGCGCAGAGCACCAAAAACGGCACAGAGGUCAUUCCCAAACUCAUUCAGACUGUCACUGCAGGCAGUAGCAGCCAAGACAAGGAGAAGGACGCUGAUGCAAAUGGUCCAGUAGGAGAACCUGAGAAGAGUCAUUCAAACAGCAGCACACUGUCUGAUCGACGGCCCAGCGACUCUAGUUUGUGUAGCAUUGAGGAGGAGCACCGCCAGGUCUACGAGAUGGUGCAUUCGCUUCUACUGUCCACGCGAGAUAAUGUGAACUUCGUCAAUGAAAUCUUCCACCAGGCUUUCCUGUUACCGUCCUGUGAGGCUUCGGCAACCAGGAAGGUGAUCAAAGUAUACAGGAAAUGGAUCCUGGAAGAGAGGCCUAAUUUCAUGGCAGAGCCUGAUAAAACUGUACAGGAAGAUGAGGUGGAUGAUCAUCCUGAGCAGAUACUCAGCUCAGAGAUAAACAAUGUGCUUAUCCAGGGUCCCGGACACAAGCGUUCAUCCAGCUGGGGAAGGACUUACUCCUUCAGUAGUGCAAUCAGUCGAGGCUUUCUCACAGAGGAGCAGAACCCGGACGUCAAAGCUGGUAUCCAGCCCACACUACAGGUGUUCCUGACCAACUCAUCCAACGUGUUCCUAUUGGAGCCGUGCCAGGAUGUACCAAAACUCUUAGAAAACCAGGUUGAGGUGUGCAAAGGUGUUCUUAGCAUCUACCGGCAUAUGAUAAUGGAGCACACGAUGACUACACAGACAUGGGAACAGAUGCUACAGGUACUACUGAGGAUCACAGAGGCAGUCAUGAAGAGGCCACAAGAAAACCAAAGAAAAGACAGCUUUGCAGAAAGCCUAGCAUCUAUACUUUUCAGGACCAUCAUCGUGGCGUGGGUGCGAGCAAACCUCAGCGUGUUCAUCUCUCGGGAGCUGUGGGACGAGCUGCUGGCGGUGCUCUCCUCUCUUACCUGCUGGGAGGAGCUGAUCACAGAGUGGGCCAGCAUCAUGGACUCGCUGACAGCCGUGCUGGCGCGCUCCGUCUAUGGUUUGGACAUGGCCAACCUGCCUUUGGACAAACUAAGUGAACAGAAAGAGAAAAAGCAGAGAGGACGGGGAGUGAUCCAGGACUCCCAAAAGGCCACAGCUGUUGCACGCUCUUUCUCACUGAGCUGGAGGAACCAAGUGGAGCCGGGGGGGCCUGGGUUCCAGGAGCCCAUGAGAAUUCGAUCAGCAACCACAUCAGGAGCACCGGGUGUAGAAAACGCACGUAACAUUGUCCGACAGAAGGCCUCUGCUAAGCGAAGCCAGUCCAUCAGCAACUGUGUUCAUCUUUACGAAGCUUUGCCCACUACUAAAAGCGUUCCAAUGCUGCUCCACACUGUGAGCUCUUUCUUGCCUGGUAUCUCUUCUGGUAACUCUGCUUGCUCUCACAGGCUCUCAGAUGUGGAGGAGUGUCAGCUGUCAGAGUGUGGAGGAGAGGAGGAGCUGGGGGGCAGAGACAGCCCUAUGCAGCGCAGCAGCAGCACCUCAGACAUCACCCAGCAGUUGUCUGAUACCUUACCAGCCCAAAAACGGGACCACUCCCCUACUUCUUGUGGUUCUGACAGCAGGAUGUCUGAGGGCCGGACUGAGAGUAGUGACCCUCCAGUGAUUUUCAUUCGACAGAGCAGCAGUCCAGCUGAGAUGGAGAACAGUGCUGAAGGACUCACAAGUUAUUCAAGGUCCAAGCUCAGAGACAAAAGUGAAAGUAUAAGUAGCGAAGCAUCAAAUGGCUACAUCAAUGAAGCGGAAGUCACUUGGCAGGCGUUUGAUGAAGAGGCCGACAGUCAGUCCACCCAGUCAGCCCACAUGGACGUGACGGCUGACCCCCACAGCCAUGGGAGCCUGCUGCUGAGCCACACUGAAGCUCUAGCAGGUUCCGGGUGUGCCUUCCCUCCCCACUCUGCACCUCCCUACCACAAUCACAACUUCCACUACCCCCCCUCUUCACCAGCUUUGCUGGUGCACACAGAGUGCCCACGUGACUACCCCUUGGAUGACACUAUUCAUCACUCUGUCUUGCACAUGCCACACCACUUGGACAGCAGUGAGUGUCUGGCUGACGAUGUCAGCAUCAUUGCGGGCGGGACACUGACUGGCUGGCAUCCUGACUCCGCCUUCGUCCUUUGGAGGAGAAUUCUGGGUAUUUUGGGAGAUGUCAAUAGCAUCAGUUGCCCUAAGAUUCAUGCAAAAGUCUUUGCUUAUCUCUAUGAGCUGUGGCACAAACUUGCCAAGAUCCGGGACAACCUUGGGAUCAGUGUGGAUAACCAGUCCUCUCCUCCCCAACCGGCGUUCAUCCCACCUCUUCGAAUGUUUGGAUCCUGGCUAUUUAGGGCCACCGUGCUGCCAGCAGAGUACAAAGCAGGGAAGCUGCAGGCCUACAGGUUGAUCUGCGAGAUGAUAACCAGGCACCAGGAUGUUCUUCCCAGCAGUGAUUUUUCGGUGCACCUUUUCAACGUCAUGCACAAGGGCUUCACCAGCAAUGAUCAGGAUGUUCUGAACACCCUCAUCCACUCCUGCUCUCCACGCUUCUUCUUCCUCGGUCUUCCUGGCUUCACCAUGCUUAUUGGAGAUUUCAUCAAUGCUGCUGCUGUCGUUCUGACUUCUGACUCGCCAGAGGCUCCAAGGAUAAAAGCUCAAACGAUCUUGGGUUCCCUCGUGUGCUUCCCUAACCUGUACCGACAGAUUCCUAUACUGCAGCCCACCUCCGAUGACAUCAACAUCGGAAACGUGGACAUCAAGAAUUAUCUGGUGAGCAUCCUGUUGGAGGCCGCCACGAAGGAACCCUGUGAGGGGGCAAGGUGUAUUGCCGUGUGCAGCUUGGGGUUGUGGGUGUGUGAGGAGCUCACCCAGAAAAUCAUUCAUCACCAAGUGAAAGAUGCCAUUAAUGUUCUGGGUGUAACACUAAAGUUUGGAAAUAAAGCAGUGGCUCAAGUAGCCUGUGAUGCUUUUCAACUUCUUAUUUCUCACUGGCAACAUCUCCAGAGGUUUGAAGCAACUCUACCGAAGAAAAUUAUUGAGAUCUUUGUGGCCACAAUAGCCUUUUUGUUGCCAAGCGCAGAACACUCUACAGUGGAAGCAGACAAAAAGUUGCUGGUGUCCCUUCUGCUCUGCCUGUUGGACUGGUGUAUAGCUAUUCCCCUCAGUCUGUUACUGGAGACUAUCACCGUACGUUCAGUAGGGGAACACGCAUCUCAAAAAGCCCCACUGUUGGACUACAUCUACAGGGUGCUCCACUGCUGCGUCUCCGGCUCCAACCUGCACACCCAACAGAGUCACUAUCUUCUCAGUUUGUCUGACUUGUCCAGUGACUAUGACCUAAUGUUGGGUCAAGUUAAAAGCUUUGAGCCACCGCCGUCCCAGACUACCAAUAUAGAGUUUGGCAACCUGCUAACCGUAGCAGAAGAAAAGCGCAGACGAAACAUGGAGCUAAUACCUUUAACGGCACGAAUGGUCAUGACUCACCUGGUGAAUCAUCUUGGCCAUCAUCCGCUGAGCGGUGGUCCUGCUCUCCUGCACAGCCUCGUGAGCGAAAAUCACGACAACCCGUACGUGGAGUCGUCCGAGCUCUCCUCCGAGGUCUUCAAGAGCCCCAACUUGCAGCUGUUUGUCUUCAACGACAGCACCCUGGUGUCAUAUUUACAGAUCCCCGCAGAAACGAACACUGUUGGUCAGCCCCCCCACCCUUCCUCCCAGGUGCGGGUCAUUGUUCGUGAUAUUUCGGGAAAGUACUCUUGGGAUGGUACGAUCCUAUACUGCACUACACAGGAAGACUGUGAUGUGGGAGUUUUUUAUGCAGCGGACCACUCAUUGUCAACAAACACGAGCACUCACAGCAAAAACCAACGCACCUCUCCAGUACAAGGACCAUGGAAAAACCAUUGUUCAGCCUUAGACUCUCUGUCCAACUGUUCUGAAGAGGAGGAAGUUGACGCUCUGGAUAAGCUUUUGGAGGACCUCAGCCACAGCAGCCCCGAAUGCUUGUCUCAGCCACGAGUCAGACUCAACCAGCCAGCUCCCUCCCCUCAUGGCAUGAACUUAGAGCAAGAAAAGGCCAUUCGGGACGCCAUUGUCCAUCAAACUCAACAGGAAGAGGAGCAAGUGAGGAGGUGGGAUGCUGAUAUAAGCUUUCGGGCUGACUGCCAAAGGAAACCUGUCCACCAGGAACCAAAAUCUCCUUUUUACUUCUGCCGAUUGCUUCUUAAUGACCUUGGCAUGAAUUCCUGGGAUCGCAGGAAAAGCUUCCAUUUGCUGAAGAAGAACUCCAAACUUUUAAGAGAGCUGAAGAACUUGGACUCCAGGCAGUGUCGCGAGACGCACAAGAUUGCUGUAUUCUACAUUGGAGAAGGACAAGAGGACAAGUGCUCCAUUCUGUCCAACAAUGCAGGCAGCCAGGCUUAUGAAGACUUUGUGUCUGGACUUGGAUGGGAGGUGGACCUGGCCACACAUUGCGGCUUCAUGGGAGGCCUUCAGAGGAAUGGCAGCACAGGCCUUACAGCUCCAUACUAUGCUACCUCCACUGUGGAAGUCAUUUUCCACGUCUCCACGCGCAUGCCAUCUGACUCUGAUGACAGCAUCACCAAAAAGCUGCGUCACCUGGGCAAUGAUGAGGUGCACAUCGUGUGGUCUGAGCACACCAGGGACUACAGACGUGGGAUCAUUCCAACUGACUUUGGAGACGUGCUCAUUAACAUCUACCCAAUGAAAAACAACAUGUAUUUCAUCCAGAUUAUGCAGAAACUACAGGUUCCUUUCUUCGGACCUUUAUUCAACGGCGCUAUCGUGAGUGGGAUAUUGUUGCCAAGUUUGGUACGAGCUACCUGUAUCAAUGCCAGCAGAGCUGUCAAAUCCCGGCUCCCCCUGUACCAGAGCUUCUAUGAAGAGCGAGCUCUCUAUUUGGAGGCCAUUGUUCAGAACCACAGAGAAGUGAUGACCUUUGAAGAUUUUGCAUCGCAGGUCUUCUCCCCGUCUCCUGGUUAUCCAGUGAGUGGAACAGGAUCGUUCACCGGCAGUGUGAGCACCGAAGGCGGAAACACCUCCACCCCUACCACCACCACCACAGACUCUGUGGAACAGGUGUCUCCCACCAUGCCCCGCUCCACAAAACACAGAGUUUCCGGAAAACUCCGCCGAUCAGCCAGCGCUAUAAGCAAAUCCUCCAACUGAGCUCUUUCGUCACCUUUUUUCCUGGAGUGGAGCCUUGAAUCUUUUCUCUCUGAACCUCACAGCCAGCUGUGACUGCAAAUGUUUCUCUUUUUACUUUGUGUCAUAAAAACUGGAGCAUGUUGAAGUUGUUUUUAAUUGAUGUGUUCCUACAUUUCAUUUGAUUUUAGCUGUUGGUUUAAGAUGGACUCGACUCUAAACUAUUUAAGUUCAUCCUGGUGGUUAAGACGACGAUUUAGAAAGUCUUGAAUUCAGCUGAUGCUGCAGAUGUAAUUUUUAUUCUCAUUUUUCUAGAGUGCCCUCCAGGCUCUAGAAAAACAAAGUUCUUACUAUCGUAAGGGAACCGUGCUGUUUCUUUAUCACCAAUUUCAACAGGAUGUAACAAAGCACUGAAUGACAAUAUGCUAAACUGCACAAGAGAUUGCUGUUCAUUUCUAGAUUUCUGCCUUUUUACCUUUUUUGUGUGUUGCUGAAGCUGCUGCCCUGCCUCAUAGCAGCAGUUUGAAGCGUUUGUGGACCAUCAUCAUCAUCAACUCGGAGUGAUUGCCUUCCCAGAUCAGACUACCUGGGUAUGGAGACCCUGCAGUUUGCUCCGUCACACACUUUUAGUUCUGAACUCGGAGAGGACAAUCUGAUUCCAAAUGAACUGAAAUGAUUUGUUUGCUUUAUUUUAUCCUCCACUCUCAUGUUUCCAUUUUAAGUGAAUUCUGAUAGAUUUUGUCGAACUUUGAUUUGUGCAUCUGGGCUGGAAUGAGAAAAGACUGCGUUUGUAAUUGUCUCCUGACGUCGUUAGCGUUGACUCAUGGCCGGUAAUUGGAUAAGUUCCUCCCGUCUCUUUCCUCGAUCCGUUUCCCUAUAAAGCGAAGACAUUCCGACAUUCCCGACAAACGUUUUUGCACUCAUUAUUGACAUUGAAUGUUCUUAGUUGUGUUUUUGUGAAUUUUAUCACGUGUCAGGUAUAUUUGCUAGAUAUAUAUAGAGAGAUUUCCAUUUGAUUAAUUAUUAUUUUUGUGUGUUGUGUAUUUAUGUGCUGUUUUAGCUGAAAGAUGACCACCAGAGCCUCAGGUGAAACUCCACACGCUGCUGUCGGUGUGUGUUUUUGUGAGGGUUGGACUGAGCUUCUCACAGUGCCAGCGUGUAACUUCUGUCCUCUGCUGUAGGAUUAUUCCUUACAACUCAAAAUUUACUUUUUCUUAUGGAGACGGAGAAAGCACGCUUUAAUUUCCCCAAAAAGAAAAAAAAAAAGGAGCAGAUGGGUUCAAAUCAGUGGAGACCUCUUUUCCCAGGAUCCUCUCUUCCCUUCGGGCCUCCUGAGGCCUGAUGUGUGUGGAGGGUUCAUGGUGGGGGGGUGGAGUUAGGUGGCAUGCCAGAGCUGAACACUCAUUCGCCCUCCUAGCAACAGCCAAAGCGGCGCUCGCGCUCCUCCAACUUGCAGGUCGCCAUGGCAGCCAGGUGUUCCUCCGCAAAUACACUCACGCCCUCCGAGGUCUCCACCCAAGCUGCAACACUAUCCCCAUCUGUUCCACUCUAUGCCUUACCGUGUUCCUCCGUCACCUCUUCCCUGCGUCCAUUCCUGAAGCAGAACAUAAGAAAACCAGGACAUUCCACCUGUUUUUGUGUAGCAAAGAAUGUAAAGAUAUGUCGAUCACAUCUGUGUGAUUUUAAUGAGACCUGCCCAGGAUGUCGAUCUAAAGAUUGUAAAUUACAAAAAGUCUCUAAAGGGAUGCUCUCUUUUUAGAUGUUUCAUUGCUGGAGGUGUUUGGACCAAGAUUGUGCAUCUUUAACCUGUGAAAAAAAUCGAUUUGUCUUAGUCUUGAUAUAUUAUUUUUCUCUUCUCCUUUUAAAGAUCCUUGUACAUUUUGUUCAAAUUUGAGGGGCCUCCAUGCCCCGUUAAUAUAAAUACAUUAAUGCCUUUAUAAUAGUCUUUAUAUAAGAAGGAAAAACAAAAAAAGCUUGAAAAUUUCAUCUUAUCAACAUAUCAAACUUUUUAAUGAUUGAAAAUCCUACGAUGUUCGUUAGAAAUGUGAAAAAUGCAAACAUUUCAUUAAACGGUUUUGAAAUUUG